AUGAGCUCUUCCCAGGAUUACUACGCAGACUUGGAACUGCCUGCAGAUGCAGAUGUGACCGACAUCAAGAAGCAGUAUCGUAAACUUGCUCUUAAAUACCACCCCGACCGAAAUCCUGGACGAGAGCAGGAGGUCAAUUCCAAAUUCCUCGUCAUCCAAGCUGCUCAUGAUAUCCUCACGGACCCGCAGAAAAGAGCCAAGUACGAUGCGACGCGGACAAGGUCUGGCGCAGGACGAUAUGCUGGUUCCUCUGGUGUGAAGGGAAACCCUUGGUCCGAUGUAUCCCAGCAAUAUCCUGUGCCACCUCGGCGGCGCAACGAUCAUGCACCUAGAACCAACCCAUCCCGUGGAGCAGAGCGUUGGAACACUCGAUUUUCAGCUGGUGUCCCCCCCACCUCAAAACAGAAUGCCUCGGACGCUGAAGCGAAGAAGAAUUUCGCAACAGCAUUUGAACAAAUGCGAAACACCAAGGCCCAAGCUGGUAAUAAGAGCAACCAAGGAGCCAGCCGCACAUCAGGGCCUCCGCCCCCAACGCCGCCCCGGAGCGAGUCUGCGAGGCGCCGUGCGGAGAACGCGUUCGGGACAAGCACUGCCAGAAAGACGGGAUAUCAUCCGCGUGGAGCGACAGUUGGAGAUGAGCCCCCAGUCACGAGUCAAAACUAUUCAUCACGGCCGGACAAUCACCGUUUUGAAGCCGAAUCUUUCGGUACACAAGUGCCUAUGGAGGACCCGCUUCGCCAGUUCAGAGAUGACAGCCAAGCCGAGAACCGUCAUCGGGCUCCCUACACAACCCAUGGUGGUGAGAAGACCAACCCAUUCGAUGGCAUUAACAUUAGCCGUUCUAAGAGCAUGAGAGAAGCGGUUCGUCCUCAAGCCGCCUCAAAUGGGUCGUACUCUCCGGAAAAAGCCCCGUCGGGCAAUGCCAGCGACAGUGCUACCACUCCAAGUGGAGCAUACUCUCAAUACGGCAAUCUUACGCCUUUCGAACAAAAGCAGCGGCAACUGUUGGACCAGUUAAUCAGAAACUCUGGGACCUCAUUGUUGCCGAAAUCGAGACUGAGAGCCUCCACCACAAAUGGCCUUCACAGAAACAUGAAGGGUGCUAACUUGUGCUCUAAUAGCUUCAACCUGUCGGAUGACGAAACUGGGAAGUUCGCCAGGAGUAGCACUGAUGAUAUCAACACCACAUUUGUCGACGACGACGGCAAGACGCAAUGGCAGUUCGGUGCUGGUAGGAAAGACGCCUCUACUAACCAGCAGAAUCAAAACGGCGGAGACAGGACACCCUCGAAAUCUCCGGCAGCGAACUCAUCGAGUGCCCCGAAGGCUGGUCAAGCCUCCCAGGCACAAGCUGCCUUUGAUGCCAAUACGUGGGGUGAUCAGUUUGGGCCGCACACUUUUGAGCCGCAAACUCGAAGUACAUCUGUUUCGCCUACCAAAGCCAGCCGCGCCAAUUCUAAGAAAACCAGGCAACCCAAAUCGCAGCCAGAUGUGAUCACGAUCGAGGACAGCAGUGACGAGGAGGUCUUUUCGUGGACUGGACGCAAAACUCAAGCAAAUCCAGCCACUGUGGAUAGCCCCCAAGCUAUGGAUAUAGACCCGCCGCAAGAACCAGUGGCAGAGCAGGCACCAGUCCAUGAAGCCCGAAACAUACCCGUCGAGCCCUCCAGACCAGAAUGGCGGUCUGGCGAUCUCGGCGCAAGAGCGGGAAGUGCUGGGUACAAGAAGAGCCCUGAGACAAAGGUAAACGCCAAUGCGGCGGGGUCAGAGGACAGCGAGGAGUUCAAGGCCAGUCUCGCAGACCUUAGUAACGUAGCGCCGUUUGCUCAGCAGGCAUCGGGUCUAAAAUCUUUCAAGGACAUGAAAGAUCACUUACCAUUCGAGAGUAAAGCGUCGGAUGAAGUUUUCGACAGGGGUGGCAAGGACAUAACACGCUUAACAUUCCCGCAAAUCCCCGUCGCCCCUCGACCAUCCCCCUCAUUUGCAGUCGAAGGGAUCAAGCCUACAGCCUCCGCUUGGCAGAAAUACGCAGCCGAAUUUGAGACAUACUUACGACAGUGGGGCGAGUUUAACAGCAGUGUCAUCGACCAUUUCGAGGCGCGGCGAAGCAACUUGGUUGCCUCAAGGGCAGCCAACGGGUACGACUUCCUUCGUGCGAGAGGAGAUGAAGGCUGUGCAGAGUAUUUGAAGUCUGUUAGCCAAGACAAUGAUGUCCGAAGACGCUGGAAUGAGGCGUGCGAGAAUCACGAAGAGCGGCUGCGAGAAUUCAUGACGUUCAGAGCUAAGAUGAAAUAA